AUGCGACAAACUCUUCUGUCAUUGACCUUGAUGGCCACAGGCAUCUACGCCUGCCAACGCGACUGGGCCGCCCUGGACCGCCGAAUCAAGCGCCACAGUCACCAUGAUCAUGGACACAAGAAGCGAGAUUUGGCAGUAGAAUACCCACCUUCCCUUACAGAGUAUGAGUCGAUACUUGUGAACUCCUUUGAUAGCAAAUCGCUAGACGAAUGGUCUCACUAUUACACAUCUGGAGAUCAUCUCGGUGGGCACAACCGGACUCAAGCCGAGUGGACACAACAAAAGUGGAUUGAUGCUGGCUGGGAUGCUUCUAUUGAGGAGUAUUGGAUCUGGUAUACUGCUCCGCUUGAGACUACCUUGAGUUUGAGCAGACCAGAUGGAAGCAUCCACAACGUCAGUUUGAUUGAGGACAUGCUGGAAGAAGAUCCUACGACGAGCUAUCCCAACCGAAUUCCGGCCUACCAUGCGAUGAGUGGAAGCGGCAGUAUUAGUGCCGAAUAUGUCUACGUAGGUCGCGGACAGAGGGGAGACUUUCAAGCUCUGAAAGAUGCUGGGAUUGAACUGGAAGGCAAAAUUGCGCUCUCCAUGUAUGGUGCGAUUUAUAGAGGGACCAAAGUGAAGAAUGCGCAGGACAACGGCAUGAUCGGGGCUGUUCUCUUCACCGACCCUCUUGACGACGGAGAAAUCACCGUUGCCAAUGGCUAUCUUGCGUACCCAGAUGGCCCUGCUCGAAACCCUUCCAUGAUCCAGAGAGGCAGCGUCCGCUUCUCGUCGCUAUACUCAGGUGACCCCUCUACAGUUGGAUAUGCCUCAGAGAAGGACGGCCCGAGGAACGACGUGACUCCCUACAACCCUACCAUUCCAUCCGUGCCCAUCAGCAUGAAAGAUGCGGUACCCUUACUCGCCGCUCUUGAUGGAAGCGGCUUAUCCGCCGAGCAGGUUAACCGCAGCAGCUGGAUCGGGGCGUUACCGAACAUCACUUACAGCAGCGGCCCAACACCAGGUGCCACCCUUGACAUGGUCCAUUUCAUGAACCAAACCGUCGCACCCUCUUGGGAUGUUAUUGGCAUCAUCAACGGAACUCAUCCCGACGAAGUGCUCAUCAUCGGAAACCACCGCGACGCUUGGGUUAUUGGGGGUGCAGCGGAUCCCAACUCGGGCUCCGCGGUUCUCAUAGAGCUUUCUAAAGCAUUCGGAAAGCUCCUGGAUAAGGGAUGGAAACCCCGCCGUACGAUCAUCUUGGGUUCUUGGGAUGCCGAGGAAUUUGGCUUGCAAGGGUCGACUGAAUGGGUAGAAAGUCACUUGCCUUGGCUCGUGACGAACGCUGUCGCCUAUUUGAACCUCGAUGUUGCUGUUUCGGGACCUCGGACUGCUCUAUCUGGGUCAGGUGAGAUCCAGACAGUUGCCAUUGAGAUGAUGAAGAAGGUCCUUUUCCCAGAAGACUGGGUCGUCGGCCCAACCUUGUAUGACAUGUGGUUCAACACUACCGAGGGCGAAGUUCCUCCUCUGGGAAGCGGCAGUGAUUAUGCUUCGUUUUACCACAAUGGUAUCAGUGCGAUUGAUAUCGGAUCUGAUGGGGGAAAGACUGAUCCCGUCUACCAUUACCACGGGCACUACGACUCGUACACCUGGAUGGCAAAAUUUGGAGACCCGGGCUUCAAGAUCCAUCGGGUAAUGGGCCAGUGGCUCACCCUGAUUGCGUAUCACAUUGCCGAUGAUGUGAUCAUCCCAUGGGAUCUGCCCAAUGCCGGACGUGUACUACGAACCUACUUUGAGGACCUCAACGAGACUAUCGCCGAGGACUACCCCGACCUGAGCCUAUCGCCCAUCAACGACGCAAUCACCGAGUUCGAGGCCGCAGCCGAGCGCAUUGCCACAGUCGCCAAGCAAGCCCUCACCUUCAACGACACAGUCCUUAUUGACGUGAUCAACGGCAAGUACCGAGACUUUUCACGUGGCUUUGCAAGCGCUGGCGGUCUCCCUGGGCGUCCGACAUUCCACAAUGUCAUCAGCGCUCCCGGUCUUGAUAACGGCUACGGCGCCGAUGUCUUCCCCGCCGUGCAAGAUAGUCUCAACUCUGGUAACGAGACCCAGGCAGAAGAGUGGGUGGAGAAGAGCGCUUCUGCAAUCUCCCGCGCAGCGGAAAUUUUAAGCAUCUGA